AUGACGACCCUUUUAGAGGAGAGUGGCAGUGAUAGGGGAGUGAAGCCCUUUGGAAAGCGGGUGGCAGUGCAUGGUGGGGAAGACGACGGUCCUGCCAAAGCGAGUGGCAAUGCUGGGGAAUAUGACGGCACUUUCAAAGAGGGUGGCAAUGCUAGGGAAGAUGGCAGGUCCUUCAAAGCGGGCGGCGGUAGUGGGGAAGUUGACGGCAUUUUCAAAGCGGGUGGCAAUAUACUGGGCAGGAUGACGACCUUUCUACAGGGGGUGGCAGUGAUAGGGAAUGAAGCCCUUUGGAAAGCGGGUGGCAGUGGUGGGGAAGACGACAGUCCUGCCAAAGCGAGUGGCAAUGCUGGGGAUCGGGUGGAAGGCAGGAGGAGAGAAGAGAAGGAAGAGAGAAGAAAGAGAGAAGGAGGAGAGAAGGAGGAGAGAAGGAGGAGAGAAGGAGGAGAGAAGGAGGAGAGAAGGAAGAGACCAAGCAGGCGAGAGUCAAUUAGAGAAGAGUCUGCGCUUCUAACUGAGGGAGAGAAAAAGAGGGCGAACAGAAAGAGAGGGAAGCGGAGAGCUCUGAGCUGUGGGGCGAUCUCGACAAUCUUGUGA